AUGGGAGAGGUGGGGAUGGCAGAACCAGGACAACCAGGAGAAACCUCCUGGACCGAAAACUGGUCCCCCAAACCCAAGGGUCCCGGAAUUCAGGGUAGAGCAAAAAGAGAUCGAAAGAAACUGCCCCACACCACGGUGCAGAGGUUUCUGCACUGGGGGCUGCCUGCAUCCUGGAACCGUUUUCUGGAGCGCCGGCCUGGUGAGUUUCCAGUCACUGCUGUCCUGCUGGGGGCAGGCACUGGGGGGCUCCUGACCAUAGGUCUCUUUCAGCUCCUGGUGAACCCGAUGAAUAUCCACGAAGAGCAGAAGAUGGUGGCCUUGUACAGUGCGGUGGGCUUGGGGGCCCUGGGCUGGGGAACCUCGCCUCACAUCCGCUGUGCCACUCUCCUUCUUGUCCCCAAGAUGCUGGGCAAGGAAGGAAGGCUCUUUGUGAUGGGAUACGCCUUGACUGUCAUCUAUGAGGGGCCUGUGGCCAACCUGCGCCACAACCUCAAUGAAGUGAUCGCCUCACUGGGCUGCACAGUGGAGCUGCAGAUCAACAACACGCGGGCGGCUUGGCGUGUUGCCACCACUCCUUUGCGGACUGUCUUCAAGGACCUGGUGAGCAGCAGAGACUUUCUGAAAGCUGAGACUCAGAACAUCUCCAGCUCCUUCAAGGACCUAGAUGCUCAAGUGAACAGCGAGCAGGGCUAUGCCCCCAAGGCCAACGCAGCCCCCCAGACUGGGGCCCGCCACGCGAGGGCUCCCUGGACCUACCUCUCCACCCAGAAGAUGUACGAGUUUAAGACCAGGCUACGCUGCUCCUAUGUGGUGGACAAAGCCAUCGUCAGCUGCCGCCUCUGGUUUGACCAGAAGUAUGAGCACUGUCUGCUGCAAAUCGGGGUCCCAAUUCUUCAGCACCUACUUUGCCUCCCCAUGAAGUUCAAGUUCUUCUGCAACAUCGCCAAGGUAAUGGGGGUUUGGUGCCGGAAUCGAAUCCCCGUGGAAGGCAACUUCGGGCAGACCUAUGACUCUCUCAACCAGUCUGUCCAAGGCCUGGAGCAGGAGUUCUCAGCUAGCAUCGAAUUCAGGGAGGAGAAGCAGGCCGUGCUGGUGGGAGUGGGCACAGGCUGGCAGCACAUGAGUGCAGAGGUAAAGGACUAUGUGAGGCACCAGGAGGCCAAGCUGGAGUGGAUCCUGGGGCUUCUGCGUGUGCUGCUUUCCUGCACCUUCCUACUUCUUCUGCAUUUGUGUUUCUCCUACACUGACAACUACAACAAAGACAUCCGCUUCGACAACAUCUACAUCAGCACUUACUUCGGUCAGAUAGAUACACGUAGGAAGAAGUUGGGCAGAACGUCUCUGCUGCCACUCCGCAAAGCAGAGAGAAAAGAAGUCAUUUUCCCCUUCCACCCCACUUUCCAGGCCUCAGAAACAAAGAAUAUGGCCAGGGAGCUCCUGGAGACAAUGCCCGUGCUGCUGCUGCUACUGCUGAUGUGUGGUCUGGACUGGGCGCUCUUUGCCAUCUUUGACACCAUCCGUCACUACUCUUUCCUGCAGUACUCCUUCCACAGCAGCCAUAAAUUAGAGGUGAAGGUCGAGGGAGACUCAGUGCUUGCCCGACUUCUUCGGAAAACCAUCGGGGCCCUGAAUACAUCCUCAGAAACGGUGGUGGAAUCAAACAACCUGCCCUGCCUGCCCCAGACCUUGAGCCUGAGUACCAGUGCCUACCUGAGGACUGUGCUCCCAGUCAUCGUGCUCAUGAGCCUCUGUCUGCUCCAGGCUUUCGGCUACCGGCUCCGCAGGGUCAUUGCAGCCUUCUAUUUCCCCAAGAGGGAGAAAAAGCGGAUCCUAUACCUCUACAAUGACCUGCUGAGGAAGAGAGAGGCCUUCACCCGCUUGCGGAGGGCAGCCAUCCUGAGGCGUGCGCGGCAGCAGAGUGCCCCCCGCCGCCACCUGGCGGACUGGCUGCACCGUCGCCUCCCGCCGCUGCGGCCCUGGCUGUGCCGGCGCUGCGUGGUGUGCCAGGCGCCCGAGACGCGCGAGUCCUACGAGUGCCCGACGCCGGGCUGCCGCGCCGUCUACUGCGGCCCGUGCUGGGCGGACAUGCGGCGGCGCUGCCCGGCCUGCACCCCGCCCGAGGAGCUGUCCUCCUCGGCCUACAGCGACAGCGACGACGACGCCACCUACGCGGGAUGA